CACCACCAAGCCCCCAGCGCCAUGGACAACCAAAAGUCCCCAACCUACGAGCCUAUCCAUGCAGACCGCCCCCACGCCCAACCCGACAACGCCAGCGUCAGGACCGCCUCAAUUGACAACAGCGGCACCGCCCGCAACUCAACCGACCUGAACCAUGACACGGGCUUCGUCAAUGUCAAGGGAGGUGUCGACGUUCAGCGCGCAGAGGCCGAGUUCGCAGAGCUCAACAAGGAGCUGUCCCGGACGAGCCACUCGCGCAGACUGAGCCGCGUCCAGAGUAAGCAAAGCCGCAAGGACCAUGCCGUCGGCAACGAUGUUGAAAAGGGCGGCAUGGACGGAUCUUUGGCCUCAUCCGAUGAACCAUUCGACCUCGAGAAGACAUUGCGGGGUGAUCGCGACGAGGAGGAGGCGGCGGGUAUCAAGUCCAAGCGCAUUGGCGUGGUUUGGGAGGAUCUCACCGUGAGCGGCAUCGGAGGAGUCAAGAACUUCGUCAAGACUUUCCCUGACGCUUUCGUUUCCUUCUUCAAUGUUUUCGAGACCGCCGGCAGCCUGCUUGGACUCGGCAAGAAGGGGAGAGAGUUUGAUAUCCUAAAAAACUUCAGGGGCGUCGCCCAACCCGGUGAGAUGGUCUUGGUUUUGGGCCGUCCAGGGAGCGGAUGCACUACCUUCCUAAAAGUCAUAAGCAACCAGCGAUAUGGAUACACCAAGGUCGACGGAAAGGUCCUUUACGGCCCCUUCGAUUCGGCCUUCUUCGAGAAGAGAUAUCGAGGUGAGGCUGUGUAUUGUGAGGAAGACGAAAACCACCACCCCACUCUCACAGUCGGCCAAACACUGGACUUUGCGCUUGAGACAAAGGUACCUGGCAAGCGACCUGCUGGUCUAUCAAGACAAGACUUCAAGCAGAAAGUCAUUAGUCUCAUGCUGAAGAUGUUCAACAUCGAGCACACAAGAGACACCAUUGUCGGCAAUCCGUUUGUCCGGGGUAUUUCUGGAGGCGAACGAAAGCGAGUUUCGAUUGCUGAAACCAUGAUUACUGGUGCAUCCCUCAUGUCGUGGGAUAAUUCCACUCGAGGACUCGACGCAUCGACUGCCGUUGACUACGCCCGCUCCCUCAGAGUGCUUACCAACAUCUACAAGACCACGACGUUUGUUUCCCUCUACCAGGCAUCUGAGAACAUCUACAAGUGUUUCGACAAAGUCCUUGUCAUCGACAACGGACGUCAGGUGUACUAUGGACCGGCUGAUACAGCACGCGCAUACUUCGAAGGUCUUGGCUUCAUGGAGAAGCCCCGUCAAACCACCCCAGACUACCUUACCGGAUGUACAGACCCCUUCGAGCGCGAGUACAAGCCCGGAAUGAGCGAAAAGGACGUCCCUUCCACCCCGGAUGCGCUCGCCGAGGCUUUCAACAAGUCCGAAGUCUCUUCAAGGCUCGCGCAGGAAAUGGAAGCGUAUCACGCUCGUAUGGAUGAAGAGAAGCACGUGUACGAUGACUUCCAGCUGGCGGUCAAGGAAAGCAAGCGCCACGCACCUCAGAAGUCUGUCUACUCAAUUCCAUUCUAUCUACAGGUCUGGGCUCUGGCCAAGCGUCAAUUCUUGCUUAAAUGGCAAGAUAAAUUUGGCCUGACUGUCUCUUGGAUUACCUCCAUCUCCAUCGCUAUCAUCGUUGGUACCGUUUGGCUCGAUCUCCCUGAUACAACCGCUGGUGCCUUCACCAGAGGUGGUGUUCUCUUCAUUGCGCUGCUCUUCAACGCUUUUCAGGCUUUCUCCGAGUUGGCAUCGACUAUGUUGGGUCGGCCCAUCAUCAACAAGCAUCGCGCCUUCACAUUCCAUCGACCCUCGGCCCUCUGGAUCGCCCAAAUAGGUGUCGAUCUCUUGUUCGCAACGGUCCAGAUUUUCGUCUUCUCCAUCAUUGUGUACUUCAUGACCAACCUCGUUCGGGACGCAGGCGCCUUCUUCACAUUCGUCCUCGUCAUUACCAUCGGUUAUCUAGCGAUGACUUUGUUCUUCCGAACAGUGGGCUGUCUUUGUCCAGACUUUGACGUUGCUAUCCGUCUUGCUGCUACCAUUAUCACGCUUUUCGUGUUGACCUCUGGAUAUCUAAUUCAGUGGGAGUCCGAGCAAGUCUGGUUGCGGUGGAUUUUCUAUAUCAACGCUCUUGGCCUCGGAUUCUCAGCGCUUAUGAUGAACGAGUUCAAACGACUGGACAUGUCUUGCGAAGGCAGAUCGCUAGUCCCGUCUGGUCCUGGUUACACCGAUUUCAACGCUCAAGUUUGCACGCUUCCCGGUAGCCGAGCAGGUUCAACAAUGGUAUCUGGCAAGGAAUACAUCAAGGCCUCGUUCUCUUGGGAUGCCGGCGAUUUGUGGCUCCACUUCGGUAUCAUGGUUAUCCUUAUCGUCGUUUUUCUACUCGCAAACGCCUUCCUGGGAGAGUUCGUCAAGUGGGGUGCUGGUGGUCGUACUGUCACCUUUUUCGUCAAGGAGGACAAGGAACUCAAGGAGCUUAACGCCAAGUUGCAAGAGAAGCGCGACAGGCGCAACCGCAAAGAAGAAGGCGCUAACGACAGCUCUGAGUUGAACAUUACUUCCAAGGCGGUCCUCACCUGGGAAGAUCUUUGCUAUGACGUACCAGUCCCUAGUGGACAACUACGACUUUUGAACAACAUCUACGGCUAUGUGAAGCCAGGCCAGCUGACUGCUUUAAUGGGCGCAUCAGGCGCUGGAAAGACGACCCUGCUCGAUGUGCUAGCUAAUCGCAAGAAUAUCGGCGUCAUCACCGGCGACAGGCUUGUUGAUGGAAAGGCGCCUGGUAUUGCCUUCCAGCGAGGAACCGCCUACGCCGAACAGCUCGACGUUCACGAACCAGCAACAACUGUCCGUGAAGCGCUUCGCUUCUCUGCCGAUCUUAGACAACCAUACGAGACGUCCCAGGCGGACAAAUACGCAUACGUCGAGGAGGUUAUUGCUCUCUUAGAGAUGGAGGAUAUUGCAGACGCUAUCAUCGGCGAUCCUGAAAGUGGACUGGCGGUCGAACAGCGGAAGCGUGUAACCAUCGGUGUCGAGCUGGCUGCUAAGCCUGAAUUACUCCUCUUUCUGGAUGAGCCCACGUCAGGUCUCGACUCGCAGAGUGCUUUCAACAUCGUCCGCUUCCUUCGCAAACUGGCUGCUGCGGGACAAGCUAUCCUGUGUACGAUCCAUCAGCCGAACUCGGCUCUGUUCGAAAACUUUGACCGUCUGUUGCUCCUCCAGCGAGGUGGCCAGUGCGUCUACUUUGGCGACAUUGGCAAAGACGCCCACGUUCUGCUCGACUACUUCCACCGUCACGGCGCUGACUGCCCCUCCCAUGCCAAUCCUGCGGAAUGGAUGCUUGAUGCUGUUGGUGCUGGCUCCGCUGCCCGUAUUGGUGACCGCGACUGGGCCGAUGUCUGGGCUGACUCUGAGGAGUUCGCAGAAGUCAAGGACCACAUUGUUCAUGUAAAGCGAGACCGUGCCGCUGAGGUUGGAUCGUCUGAGCUGGUCGAACAGAAAGAAUUCGCCACCCCGCUGUCAUUCCAGAUCAAGCAGGUUGUGAAGAGACAGAACCUAUCUUUCUGGAGAACUCCCAACUACGGAUUCACUCGUCUUUUCAACCACGUCAUCAUCGCUUUACUCACAGGUCUUAUGUACCUACAGCUCGAUGAUUCCCGAUCGUCCCUGCAAUACCGUGUUUUCAUCAUUUUCCAGGUCACUGUUCUCCCAGCUCUCAUUCUCGCCCAGGUCGAGCCGAAAUACGCCGUCGCCCGUAUGAUUUCUUUCCGCGAGCAGAUGUCCAAGGCCUACAAAACAUUUCCCUUCGCCCUCUCCAUGGUCAUUGCUGAGAUGCCUUAUAGCAUCCUAUGCGCCGUGUGCUUCUUCAUCCCGUUGUACUACAUUCCCGGAUUAAACUCGACCAGCUCUCGAGCCGGCUACCAGUUCUUGAUGGUUCUCGUUACCGAGAUUUUCUCCGUUACUUUGGCCCAGGCAAUUGCGGCGCUGACUCCAACGCCGUUUAUCGCCGCUUACCUCAACCCCUUCAUCAUCAUCAUAUUCGCCUUGUUCUGCGGUGUCACGAUUCCCAAACCCCAGAUCCCCAAGUUCUGGCGCGUGUGGCUGUAUGAGCUGAACCCCUUUACUCGCCUUAUCGGGGGUAUGCUCGUUACCGAACUUCACGGCUUAGACGUCACCUGCAAGGCCUCCGAAUUUAACCAGUUCCGCGCCCCUCAAGGCAAGGAAUGCGGGUCUUACAUGAGCGACUUCUUCUCGAACGGUGCACCGGGUUAUCUUCUCAACAAUGCCACGGAUAUGUGCAGUUACUGCGCAGUCAAGGUCGGCGAUGAAUUCUACGGGCCGCUUGGUUAUGAUUUCGCCAACAGGUGGAGGGAUUUCGGUAUCUUCGCUGCGUUCAUCGGUAGCAACUUGUUCAUCUUGUUCAUUGCUGCGAGGUACCUCAACUUCAACCGACGCUGAGCGAGAUCUAUUGAGCUUCGACACAUGCUCGGAUUGUAUCAGCAACAUUAUUACGCCAUAAUCAACGAUGUAUUUGCCAAGCCAGCAGUUGUAGCAACUGAACUGAGGUCACCUUGUUCUGAACUACGACACUGAUCUCGCGUGGGCCACAGUAUCCCGUCGCAGAUUUAGUCUGCAUGCAUCACGCUUUAGAUCUCAUUUUAAUAUGUACGUUGUUAAAUAACGUCACCUUAUUUAGCGUUUCUUUUAGAAAAGUUGGAAAUUGAGUACCGAUUAGGUUGCGCUGAAGCAACACUACAUAUAGACUGAUUGGACACUCAUUGGGCGGCGUUCGUCAUAUGCCAGCAGCAUGGCCUGCUUUUUCACAGCAUAUAAGUUAAUAGACACAUACCAAAUCGUCAUACGUAUUACCUACCUUCC